GCUGCCGGCGGUGAGGCAGGCCCUGCGCGGAGCAGCCAGCCCGGCUCGGUUCAGCGCAGCGAUCCCCGCGCCCGGCUCAGGCAGCCCCGGAGUCUCUGCCUCGCGCCCGCCAUGCCCGAGCAGCUCAGUGUCGCGGAGUUCCUGGCCGUCACCGCGGAGGACCUCAGCUCCCCAACCGGGGCAGCUUCCUUCGCCGCCAAGAUGCCCCGGUGCCGGGGAGCGGCGCUGGCACGGGAGGAGGUCCUGGAAGGAGACCAGGCUAUCUUGCAGAGGAUCAAGAAGGCUGUGCGGGCCAUCCACACCUCUGGCCUCGUCCAUGUGGAGAACGAGGAACAUUACCGAGAGGCUGUGGAGGCUUUGGGGAAUAGUCACCUGUCCCAGAACAGCCAUGAGCUGUCCACCGGCUUCCUGAACCUGGCUGUAUUCACCCGUGAGGUGGCUGCGCUCUUCAAGAACCUGGUGCAGAACCUGAACAACAUCAUCUCCUUCCCACUGGACAGCCUGAUGAAGGGGCAGCUAAGGGAUGGGCGGCAUGAUUCCAAAAAGCAUCUGGAGAAGGCGUGGAAAGACUAUGAAGCCAAAGUGGCCAAGCUGGAGAAGGAGAAGGAUCACCGAGCCAGGGUCAUGGGCGGAACCCACGGGGAGCUGUCCCAGGAUGCACAGCGGGAGCGAAGGCUCUUCCAGCUGCACAUGUGUGAGUACCUCGUCAAAGCUGGAGAGAGUCAGGUGAAACAGGGCCCAGACUUCCUUCAGAGCCUCAUCAAGUUCUUCCACGCCCAGCACAACUUCUUCCAAGAUGGUUGGAAGGCAGCUCAGAGCCUGUCCCCCUUCAUCGACAAGCUGGCAGCCUCCGUCCAUGGGCUUCGGCAAGCUCAGGAGGAAGAGCUGCAGAAACUAACCCAGCUCCGGGACUCCCUCCGAGGGACGCUGCAUUUGGAGAGCAGAGAGGAGCACCCAAACCGGAAGAACUCGGGGGGCGGCUACAGCAUCCACCAGCAUCAAGGCAACAAGCAGUUUGGGACCGAGAAGGUGGGCUUCCUGUACAAGAAGAGUGACGGGAUUCGAAGAGUCUGGCAGAAGAGGAAGUGUGGGGUCAAGUACGGCUGCCUGACCAUCUCACACAGCAUGAUCAACCGGCCUCCAGUGAAGCUGACCCUGCUGACGUGCCAAGUGAGGCCAAACCCUGAGGAGAAAAGGUGCUUCGACCUGGUGACCCACAACCGCACAUACCACUUCCACGCAGAGGACGAGCUGGAGUGUGAGGCAUGGGUGUCUGUGCUGCAGAACAGCAAGGACGAAGCCCUGAGCAGCGCCUUUCAGGGGGAGCCCAGCGGCGGCCAGUGGCCUUGGGGGGGCCCCAGACCGGAUGCGGAGCCCCACGACCUCACUAAGAUGCUCCUCGCCGAGGUGAAGAGCAGGCCCGGGAACGACCACUGCUGCGACUGUGGGGCCGCAGACCCCACGUGGCUCAGCACCAACCUGGGCGUGCUCACCUGCAUCCAGUGCUCCGGCGUCCACCGCGAGCUGGGUGUGCGCUACUCCCGCAUACAAUCGCUCACCUUGGACCUCCUGGGUCCCUCGGAGCUUCUGCUGGCUUUGAACAUCGGAAACUCCCGCUUCAAUGAAGUCAUGGAGGCCCACCUGCCCUCCCAUGGCAGCCCUAAACCCUCUGCUGAGAGUGACAUGAGCAGCCGCAGGAACUAUAUCGUAGCCAAGUAUGUAGAGCACAGGUUUGCACGCCGGGCCACACCCGAGCCCCAGAGGCUACGGUCAGCCAUCUGCAGCAGGGACCUUCUGUCAGUACUGGAGGCCUUUGCCAACGGGCAGGACUUCGGACAGCUGCUGCCAGGGCCUGAUGGGCAGGCACCUGGAGAGCCCGCCCUGCACUUGGCCAUCAGCGUCGCCUGCCAGGCUUCCCUGCCCCUGGUGGACUUCCUCAUUCACAAUGGCGGCCACCUGGAUGCCAAGGCUGCAGAUGGAAACACCGCCCUGCACUGUGCUGCACUCCACGGCAAGCUGGACUGCCUCAAGCUGCUGCUGACAGGGAGAGCCCCCGUGGGAGCAGUAAAUGAUGCUGGAGAGACAGCUCUGGACAUAGCCAGGAGGAAACAGCACAAGGAAUGUGAAGAGCUGCUGGAGCAGGCACAAGCAGGGACCCUCACCUUCCCUCUCCACAUGGACUACCCUUGGGGACAUUCCACGGAGCAUGGCUUUGACAGUGAGGAGGAUGAGGACGAGAAGCACUGCCCUGUAAAGCCCCCAGCGCAGGCCUGCUGUGGCAGUGGGAGGCUGGACAUCAGCAACAAGACCUAUGAGACCGUUGCUAGCCAGGGACCAGCCACCUGUCAGAACCAGAUUGGGGACAGUCCGCCACCCCUGCCCAUCAAAAACUCUUCUCGGACCAUACUCCCAGGGCCAGCAGGACACUCCAGUGGAGAUCGUUCUGACAUUCCCAGCCUGAGGUCAGAGUCUCCUGAGGCCUCAGAGAACCCGAGCAGCCCAGCAUCUUCCUCUUCCAGCCUCACCAGUUCUGCGGAACCUGGAGGGCUGAGCCAAGCCCCAUCUAACCCUGAAGAAAGCCUCCAGGAGCUACCAUGCGCCUCCCACCCUAGGCUGGCCCCUGGAACCACCCCUGCUGAGGUGUAUCUCCCCGUCAAGUUCAGCUCAGAGAGCACUCGCUCCUACAGACGGGGAGGCCGGAAUCUGGAAGAUGGUCCCUCAGCCCGGCAGCCACUGUCUAAAAGAAACAUUCUGGUUGGCCUCAUGGAAGGAGAUGGGUCGAAGUCUGGGGUCCUCCCGGCAAGUUCCCUGCAACUUUUGCACAACUAGCUCCUUGCUGACCCCUCUGCAUGGCCCACGCUGGAGCUAGACAUUCACAGCUGGGGCUUGAGCCCACAGAUCUGGGAGCCCACCUUCCUUAUGGGAACCACGGCCCUGCCAAGGACACUGGCCCCUCUGUGUUGGGGCUGAUGUCCUGGGCCAGGCAGCUCUGGAGUUAGAUCUGAGAAUGGCUGGCCUGGGUUAAGUUACACAGCCCUCAAUCCUUACCACACCCGCACUGUGUUUUUCCCUGCCAGGGUGGGACCCGCUUGCCAUCAUUCACUCCCAGGCACUGUCUUGUGGCCAUUAAUUACAGCUUAAUAUCCAGCCCUUUGCUAGGUACUAUGGCUGCCACAUGAAUAAGACACGCGUCAUGCGGGUGUGGUUCCUCGCCAGAAAGCCGGUCCCCAGAACUGACUCGGAAAAUGAGCAGAGCCAGGUUGCAGAGGCCGGCUCUGAGCUCAGGGGCAGGACCGGCAUGAGCUGGUCCCCCGCCAGAUCAUUUCGGUUGUUACAGGCCAGUUCUAGUUGGCCCAGGCCUGUGCUGCACAGGCUAAAGUACUCUGGAAGCCUCCUGCAGAGGGGCACCCUGCCCUCCCUGGGGUCUGCACCACGCUCCCUGCCUCGCUAUCUGCCUUGAUGCGACAGAAAGGAAAGGAAUGGUCUGGGGUGACUUGACCCUGCUUCUCUCCCUUUUCUCCUGAUCAAAUCCGAAGCCUGGGGGAAGUGAGGGACUGAGAGAGGAGAAAGGAGUUGGAAAGAUAAGAGAAACUUCAAGAGUCGGCUUUCCAGUGCCAGAAAUGCCACCACUGCUCAGCCCCAGUUGCAAAGCUGGACUAUCAGUAACCACGGGCAGCUCUGUUUCACAGCCACUUGGUGCUGGGUCCUGAAGGAGUGGGCCAAGUCAAACAGGGGAGACCAGAGGGCACCCAGUCUGGCUAGGAGUUGAGCUGGUCACCCUGGAGGCUGGGCUGUUCCCUGGUCCUAAAGAAGCAGGGUUGCUUCUGAGCCCCGAGGGUCAGCUUUUGUUCAUCUCAGACUGCUUAUCUUACUCAUCUCCUAAUAAAGGGUUCUUGGGGGAGGGACGAAUCCCCCUGGUUUCA